CGCAAGCGCUGUUGAAUGUUAUGCUGUUAAAUUGUGAGUACGUUCUGAUAUAAGGGAGCGUGCGAGUGUAAGAAGAGUAGUAUCGACGUACGUGUAGCGUGUAGCAAGGCACAUUGUCCCGAGAUGAACGCCAUUCUGAUCCCGUUCUUCCUAGCGGCCAACGUAAUGGUCAAUGACACGUCGGAAUGGACAUACGGACCGGAAUUUUUAUACGACGUGAACAUUACUUAUAAUAUAAUAAGUAUAAUAAAACCGGAUCCUCACGAGCCUAUCCAUAAGAUACAAUUAAUCUCUACAGUAAAAUGCCGUCCCAAAAUGCCGGACAGUUUGUUUUGCCAUUUGAACAAUUUUACGGAAUCGGAAUUAUUUGAAAAUCACAACAUGACUCGAGAAGCACAAACGGAACAAAUGUUUGAGAUCAAAUUUAACGAGCACGGUGUGGAAGGCUUGGUGAUCGAGCCACCGUCUCGUAUGGAAGUCGUCAACGUCCUCCGAAAGAUCGCCACUCAAUUUAACGUGGCUGUCGAUCGACGCAAAAUUGGUAUGACGCAAUUUAUGGCCAGGGAAAAUUCGUCAAUGGGUAAUUGCGCAGCCGCGUACAGAAUCACGCGCGAGGAACUCAAGAUGGACACGUUCGAGCAGGGAGAUGGCAAUUUUCGGCUCGUGAUAUUGCCAUUGACCGACGCGAAACCUGGAACGACUCUCUCGAUUGUGAAAUCUCGGAUGGGAUGUAUCAAUCCACCGCGAUACGUCGAUUUCUCGAGAGGAAUCUUAGAAAUGAGGAGAUUUGUUAGCCAAAUACAGAUUAAUUCAAACAAAUUUGAAACCUUCACCGAAUUCUAUGGAAAUGUAAGAUAUACCGAAUCCGAAAUUGGAAUGUUAGUAUUUAAAGAAAUAAUACAAAUUAAUUUAAAGAACAUUGAACCUGCACAAAAUGAACUUCCAACUCUUUCUUACGGCGAACUGAUUGAUUUAAAUACCAACAAUGAUAUACCAAGCAAUUUUAUAAAUUAAAGUUGCAAUUUAUGUAUGUUUUGUUAACGAAUGUAUGCUACGUUACAUUAUAGGCAAGCUAUACAAUUUGCUAUUAAAUAUCUCAUCAAUUUAAAACUAGAAGACUGUAAAAAAAAACAGAGUUGCAUAAACGAUAUCUUAUAAAAUGAGAA